AUGCCAUCUCCAAAGCGUGAUCGUUUGCUUCCCCACCGCAAUCGUCAGCAUGUCCUCCGACCGGUUGCUCAACUCACCGGCCCACCUGCUCCGCGACCCCAAGCAGAGACUCGUCGUCCAACCACUGAGCCCAUGGCCAAGAUCCCCAAACCUGCCCCUUCCCGACCUCCCAAGCCUUUCGCCUUCUUCAAGCUGCCCGGCGAGAUCAGAAAUCGAAUCUAUGAUCUUAUCAUACCUGAAGCUCGGGUCAUCAUCUCAGCCAACCAUCCUCAGAAGGAACUCCAGCUGAUGAAGCAACGAGAGCCCUUUAAGAAACACAAGCUACCCCCUCAUCGCCUGCUGGGCCAGUUUACCGGCAAGGCAACUGGGGUUUCUCUCCUCCUGAGCUGUCGUCAGAUGAACCAGGAAGCCGUCCCGUUCAUCUAUGCCAGAACCACAUUCUGCUUCGACCGAAUUGUUGUGGUGCGAAAUUUCCUCAAAACCAUUCCUGAACAUGCCCGCACGAGCAUCCGAGCCCUUGAGAUUACCCACGUUGGGUACGCCGAACCCAGGUGGCUGGCUGACCGCCAGUGGAAAUUGAGACACGAUGCGAGAUGGGCCGCUCUGUUGCGACAGAUCAAGCAUCAGGUAACGGCGCUUCAGAAGCUGACCCUUGACGUCACUUUCUUCGACUGGCCGUGCCGACUGGAUGUCACUGAGAGUUGGGCUCGUCCUUUUCGGGAACUUGCUGGGGACGGCCUGGACCGCGUGGAUUUCACUCUAGAACACGAGCGAUUCCACCCGGUCAAGGUGGCAGCUACGGCAAAGGAGCUGGAGAACAUGAUGAUGAGCGCAGAGGGCACAAAGCAGAAGAGACGAGAGGAAAGGCUCAAAGCGGAGAUGGCAAGCAAGCGCAAAGCGACCAAGAUCAAGGCAUUAACCAUCAAACUCCCACUUGGCGACCAGACUCCCAGCUGGAACAUGCCAGUCAAGAAAGUUGUCAAGACCAAAGGUCUGGAGCAGUACGCAGUGGCUGAACUGCCAGUGGCAUAUUGUUGA